AAAAUAUUUUGUUUACACAGAAAAAAAUGUCAAAGUAACCAUAUGUGACAUAGUUGUCAAAAAACGUUGGUGAAUGUUUACAAAAUUUAAAAACUAACCUGAAAAAAAGCGAAACCAGCAAAACAAAACUAUCAAAAAUGAACCCUUUAACGAAUAUGAAAAAUGUUUUAAAACUAAGCGAGAAUGAAUUGGGAACGAAAAAUAAGACUUCUUGGCAUGAUCAGUACAGGGAUAGUGCAUGGAUAUUUGUUGGGGGCCUACCAUAUGAUUUAACGGAAGGAGAUAUUAUUUGUAUAUUCUCACAAUAUGGGGAGAUUGUAAAUGUUAAUCUUGUGCGAGAUAAGGAUACAGGAAAAUCAAAAGGAUUUUGUUUUUUAUGUUAUGAAGAUCAAAGAUCAACUGUAUUGUCUGUUGAUAAUUUCAAUGGUAUCAAAAUUUUGGGAAGAAUUAUAAGAGUAGAUCAUGUUUCUGACUACAAAGCCCCAAAAGAGGGUAAAAAAACUGAUGAAGAAACAAAACAGUUGUAUCAGGAGGGAUGUGCUCCUAAAAGUGUAGUUCCCACUAUUAAUAAAAGCCCACCAAGAAAUUUGAGAGAGACAUUAGCUGACCAAAUUGAGGCUGAUAUUAAGUUACCUCUGCGUUUACCAAUAUAUCCGAUUAAAAAAGAAGAUGAUAAAUUGCCGAAAAUUAAAAAGGAAAAAAAUGAUGAAGUAUCAGAGAAAAAGAAACAUAAAUCGAAGAAGAAGAAGAGUAAAAAUAGUAGUUCUGAUGAAGAGGAAAUGUCAAAAAAACAUAAACAUAAAAGAAAAAAGGAAGAUAAACAUGAUUCAAGUAAACAUAAAAAAUAUAAGCAUAAUAGUGAUUCUAAACAUAGAAGGUAAAAAUAAAACAAUUUAUCAAGUAGCUAUUUUAUUUCUUUCAACAUCCUGAUUGCC